GUGAGCACGAGAGAGAAAGGAGGAAGAUGGACCGACAUCCCAACAACACGAUCCAUGACUGGCACACAGUGUCCCCAGCACCUACGGAGAGCACGGUCUAUGGGGAUGGACACAAUGGGACCAGGUGCUUUGCAGAACACGUCCCUGAAAUCGCCACCGGUAGCAUCACGCUGCUUAUCUGCCUCUGUGGGCUGGUGGGGAACGGGGCCAUCUUUUGGCUCCUCGCCUUCCGCAUCAGGAAGCUUUUGCGGGUGCUGCCGCUCUUUCACUCCAUGGUUCUGCUCAUGUACAGCACCAGCCUCUACCUCCUCACGGCCAUCAGCGUGGAGAGGUGCGUGGGUGUCCUCUGGCCCUUCUGGUGCCGAUGCCACCGCCCGAAGCUCCUGUCAGCCAUCAUGUGCAGCCUGCUGUGGGCCCUCGCCUGCGUCCUUGCCGGGCUGGUGUACUUUGUGUGUGACCUGGGUCACUCUGAACACUGCUGGAUGGUUCUUGGCUCCUUGUGCUUUCUCAAUUUUUGCUUUUUCACUCCCUUGAUGGUUGUUUCCAACGUGAUCCUCUUCAUCAAGCUUAGGCGUAGCUCUUGGCAACACCACCCGGCCAGGCUGUACACCGUCAUCGUCCUCACUGUUUUCUUCUUCCUCCUCUUCGGCAUCCCGCUCAGUGUCCAGAUCUUCCUCAACUUCUUUGUCUACAUCAAUUUUGUGUUUGAGAUCUGCCUGUUGCUGGCCUCUUUCAACAGCAGCAUCAAUCCGGUUAUUUACGUCCUGGUUGGGAGCUACGGAAAGUCUAGGUUCAGGGGAUCUGUCAAAGUGGCUCUUCAGAGGGUCUUUGAAGACAGAGCAGAUUCCCAAGAGGUGGGUGAGACCCCUGUGAUGGGAAUUGCUGCCUAA